AUGGCUCCACGACGACAAGGCGCCACCGGGGAACGGGAGUCGGAGGACGCUCACGGCUGUUGUGUACCCGGAGAAUGUCUCAGACCUCGGGAACCUGUGCGUGUUGAGGACGCAAUUCGCGUACUAUGCAACAAUGACACGUGCGCCGCCGGCCGAUACAUGCACAGAGAAUGCUUCGAGCAAUGGGAAGCCGGGGUACUCGCUUAUCUGAAAUCGUGCGGCCGCGCCAGGUCCUGGUCAGAGAGGCAGAGACAUCAGAAUCUAUGGACGAAGAAGGGUUACGAUCUAGCAUUUAAGGCAUGCGGUUGCCGAUGCGGGCGAGGACAUUUAAAGAAAGAUCUCGAUUGGAUUCCACCGGGAACAGCCAUCAGGGCCGAGGAAGAGAAGAAGAAGCGUAGGCGAGCUCGUCCUGGCAGGACUCCGGCGGCGGUCGACACGCGCUCAAGGGCGUUCAGUCUUUCAAGUUCAGGGUCAUGCUCGCCGCCAUCCGCACCUUCAGAGCCAUCGACGAGCCCCACACACGCUCCACCACACUCGCUGACACCAGCCAAGAGGAACUCUAAGCCCGAAAUAGUAUCCGACAGAGUUAGGGCGGGUGCUGGCGCGAAUGGCAUAUUUUCAAGACGACUAGACUUUUCCACUUUCAACUUACUCCCCAAAUACAAAGUCAACUCGUAUCAGAUCAAGAUUGAGGAUGAAGGUAACCAUGGCAACGACGACACACGUUUGUUCAUUCUAUCCACCUUGGCUGGUCAACACAAGCCCCGUGUAUCAUGUGCGUUGUGCAAGGAAACCCUCCACGUCUUCGACCGAUAUCCUUUAGUGGAUGGUACAUUCUUCCUCAGCCCUCGACAACAUACCAGCAGUGCUGUUGAGGUAAAAGUGGAAGGACGUACGCAAUUUUUAACUUGCGUCUGCAUGGGAUGCCUAGAGCGGUGUGACCCUGAACGCACGAUUCGCUGUCGUUUUUGUGGACAAAAGUGGGAUGGCUCCUCGUUGGUCCUCGGAACCAUGUAUUCUUAUGACAUCUUUAUGGCGACACCUUGUUGCGCUGAAAGACUGAAGUGUAACAACUGCUACAAGCCGCUUCUCCAUCCACACCAGCGGCUGAACUACUCCGACUAUUCGCAUCCACUGACAUGCCCGCACUGUCGCGUGGUGGACACGCACUUCGUGAAGCCGUUGUCCUACUGCUUCACCAAACGGGUGUUCCCGUUGUUCCAGCAGUGGCCAUAA